CACAAUACGCACACAAUCACACAGGUUGUGUGCCUAUUUCAAAAGGCUUCACAUACGAAGACAAGACUCUGAAGUGUUGCUUCAUUUUGACAUGUGAUGAUAAUAAUAAUAUAUUUUAGAGCAGCUUUUGGUUGUUCAUUCACAUGCACCAAACAUUAUGGCAGUGACAAAGAUUUGAUUUCACCCAACAAGUUUUAAGCAUUUUACACAUUGCUUAGAUACCCCCCCCUUCCCUUUUCUUUUUGUUAAAAGACCCUUGUCCUCAACCCUUCUCUCUUCCCUUGAGCUCAGGGAUAGAGAUCAAUGGAGCAAAAGGAAGAUGGUUUCAUGGAGGAUGCCAUGGAAGCCAGAACAGAAACAUGGGCAAAUAAUCUUUGCAACAAUGAGGUUUAUGAUCUCCGCUUUCCAAAUGAAUGGAGCUUUGGUUGUUUCAAUGAAAUCCCAGUUUUACCAACCUCAACCCCAUCUUUCAUGGAACUCAUCUCCAACCCAACCCUUGCUGAAUGUCCUUUCAGCAUGAUCUCAGAAGAUCACUUGCAGUUUUUUGGUGGAGGAUCAUUUGCCCAUGAAGAAUACAACUAUGCACCAUCACUCUUUGAUCAGGAGCAAUGCAACAUUAGCUGCUGCAAAGUGGAGACUAACAGAGACAACAUUAUCAAUGUUUCUCAUGACAGCAAAGGUAAGGGUAAGGUUAAGAAUUUACAAGGGCAACCUUCAAAGAACCUAUUGGCAGAACGGAGGAGGAGGAAAAGAUUGAAUGAAAGACUCAGCAUGCUCAGAUCAAUUGUCCCCAAGAUCACCAAGAUGGACAGAACUUCCAUUCUUGCAGACGCGAUUGACUACAUGAAAGAGCUUCUGGAUAAGAUCAACAGACUCGAAGAAAAAGAACCAGACAAUUCUAGGAACCCGACCAAUCUUGUACGGGGUCUCAGACAACUCAAGAACACAAAAGCAGGAGCAACAAACUCCCUCAAGUUUGAAGUAGAAAGGAGAGAAUGUGAUACCCGGAUCGAUUUCUGCUGUGAAGCCAAGCCAGGGCUGUUGUUAUCAACAGUCUGCACUUUGGAGGCGUUAGGACUGGAGAUUCAACAGUGUGUCAUUAGCUCCUUUGGGGACUUCUCAUUCCAGGCUUCAUGUUCCGAAAAUGCAGAGCAGAGAGAGCUACGAGGAUGUGAAGACUUAAAGGAAGCAUUGUUAAGAAAUGUGGGAUAUGGAAGAAUUUUCUCAUAGAACUUUGCAGAAGCAAUAUUAAGGAUUUUGUUGGUUAGAAUGGAAAUUAGAAAGGAAUUAUGUUACCAAACCAUAAGAAGGAUCUUCUAAUGGUUGUCACAUCUGCUCUUCACCCAAAAAUCUUGGAAAUGAAUAAAAUCUUCCAUAUACUAUUUUAUUUACAUAUCUUACACAAGAAACUAGUCCACAUAGAAUGCUCUAACCCCAUGAGUCAAAGCAUUCACAGCAAUGGCCAGCUUUUGUUAGAGAUGAUAGCAGCACUGGUUACAGAUCCUACAGUUAUACAAGAUAGUUGCGAG